GACGGCUUCUUCAGUUCUUCUCCCAGAAAUUCGACCAGCGUCUCGACUUCUUUGCCACGUGGCGUAAUUAAACUAGAGGCUAAUCGCCCCCCUCCCGAACCACCGCCGAUCAAGGAAGAUGGGAGUGAAUGGAUUGCUUUCUUUCCGGUGGCUGGUGAAAUCGGAACAAUUUCUGCACUUGGCUCCUUGCCGGUGGUUGAAAAAACCGGCAAGUUUAACAAAUCCUUUUCGGUGGCUAGUCGAACCAGACCUAUUUCGAGUAGCACGAGCAGUCAAAUUGCGGGACGAAUCUACAUAGUUGCAGGGUUAGCGAACAUAAUAGCUUUUAUAUGGCUUUUUUGUUCUUUGUCUCACCCUAGUGUAGCAUUGAACAUUGUGGUUGUAAUGAUUCGGCUUUUGAUUGUUAUGUUUCUG